GGCACCUCCUAAAGAGCGGAACGACCACCGAUCGAAUGAAAAACUGCAACUCAGUCUUCGCUUCAUUGCAAGACAAAUCGCCGACCAGGACGGACGUUUUAAGAGUGUGUGCAAAUCCUCGAACCAUUCGCCUAGCUUGCGAGAUUGAUUUCAAUCUUUGCAUGAUCCUGUUCUGCAUCAGUUUCCCGAUCGAUUCUUUCCAUCGCCGAGCGUGAUCUUACCUAAUUAGUAGUGCGCGUUUAAGUAACGAUCGAAUGCAACCGAAACGCAAAGAUUACGCCAUAAACUAUCACCGCCGCAGCAAACUGACUUUGGUUGGAAGCAGGAAAAGUGUGUGCUUUAAUUUUCCUUUCGUGCACAUCGCUGAAUAUGUUGAUUGCUGGCAUAUCAGUUCACGUAAUGCGCGUGUGAAAAGUUUAGUGGCUCCAUUGAAAGUGCCACACUGCGAACAAGGAAACGCACCAGCGAAGCACGUGUAGCAGAAGUAGUGCAAAACAUUCAAAAAACGAUCAGCUCGGCGCCAAACUUCUCGGCGAAACCCCUUCUUUGUGUGACGGAAAAUCUUGUACCUAUCUAAUGCAGCGGGAAACCGUCAGCGAAUCGGGCCGUCAACCUUGCCGUUAUUUGCUCUAGCAGUUCCAUUUUCCAUCUGCAGCAAGGCGGCUUCAUUCCGUUCGCGGAGUGUGAUAUUUGGCGCGAAUAAUUAAAUCCAUAAAUUAAAAGUGAAACUCGUGCGAUUUGAGACUCGCGGUCAAGUGUGCGCGUUGUGCAUCUACCGAGUUUAGGUACCUGCAUGCUUCUUGUCAUAUAUCGAACGGUUGAUCGAUCUUUUGAUGCGGUGCUGAAUCACGAAACGCAGCUCAAUAACAAGCAACAACGUUGCUGCGCUUUUGUGUGAGUUGCGUGGAAAAGCAAAACUAAUUCGAAUACAUCAAGGCAGACUACAGAGGGAAACAAAAACAGCCGAUUGGAUACAUUGAAUCAAUAAUUGAGAGGCAUUCAAUUCUCAACAGAUAAGAAGUUUUGUGUGACCUACGAUGGCGUUCUUCAAAAGUAUUUGGAAAAAUAAUUCCAAGCACAAGAAACUGUGUGAGGAGAUGGCACUCGCCAACAACAUCCGGGACUUUUCGGACAAUCACGAAGAGCUGGAAGAUGGGUUUGGCGAUGCGAUCACGUACAGUGUCAAGUAUUUGGGUAACACGACGAUACCAACACCCCGUUCGGAGAAUUCUACGGCCGAAGCCGUCAAGAAGAUCAUCUCUGCUGCCAAAGGAAACAAAAAACUUCAACGCGUAACUCUCUCCAUCUCGCCAAAAGGCAUCGAAAUGCUAGAUCUGACAACUGGUGAAACACUGCUACAGGUAUCGAUCUACAACAUUUCCUACUGUUCAGCGGAUGCAGCGCACGAUCACGUGUUCGCCUUCGUGGGCACCGUAAACAGCCCGGAAACGGAAGUGAAGGAAAUGUGCUUUCGAAAAGAUGCCGAAGAAGUGGAUUUCGAGGGUCCACUCGUAUGCUAUGCCUUCCUCUGUCAGAAGCGCAAAAUGGCCCAAACCGUAACAUUGACGGUGGCCCGGAGCUUCGAACGUGCCUACCAAAUCUGGCAGAACAAACAGUUUCAAGCGGAUAGGAAACGCAAGGAGUUGGUCAAGCUGAACGGUCCGGGUCUACCGGUGGAAGGUGCCAGCGGAAGUGGAUGCCGAAGCAGCAGUACCAGAAGCAACCGCAACCGUGGAGGUGCAGCAGAUGAAGCCGACUGUCCAAGUUUACUGAUCGAUUUCAACUCAGACCUUACCGCGGAAAUCUGCGCCAAGGAUCAUCGGGAGCUAUUGCAGAAUACUUGGGUUUCAUUCGAGGAUGAUCAAUCGCAAGAAUUCUUCACAGUGCCAAACAUCAACACCACCAAUGGGUGGAGCAGGACUGCUAUUUGCUCCAACUGAGAGACGAUUUACUGUUUAAACUUGUGUUAUUCAUAAGAUAUUUUUAGUGGUAUACAAAUACAAAAACAUAUUUUUAAACUAAUUCAAAGCAUAUUUUUAAAGUAUUGUGAUAAAUUUGAUACAUGUAGGCUUAACGUGAAUUUGUAACAGAAAAAUUAAAUACAUUUGUUCUCAAAGUAUAAGUA